AUGCUGCAAGAGGCCGUACGGCCAAUUGAGCAUGUGCGGAUCGGCAAACACGUCUUCCCGCUCUGUUCCCACCCAAUUCUACGCAAAAAAUUGGAGGAUGACGCGCUCCUGGAGAGAGAGAUUGAGAGGCGGCUUCAGGACCCUCAGCUGCAGCUUGCGAUGAGUGACGUCGUGGAGCGGCUCCUGAAGGAAGGCGUGAAGGGCGGCAUUAGCGAAGAAAUGACGGAAAAUUAUUUGGACGAGGCGCUCGGUCGCAUUGAUGAGCAUUUUGGUGACAUUAGGACGGUAGGCACAUCGUCAGCGAAUUUGCCUGCCAAUUUGACGACGAGCGAUUACCGACGUAAUUUUCUUCCCCCCGUGCGACCGUUGCCCCCCACCGUACGUCGUGUGUUUUCGUUGAAACGCUGUAUUGGCACCGCACCAGCCGGUCAUGGGUUGUCGAUUCAGCAGCGGGGGUUGCGUGCAGCACGGGAACACAAACACCACGUGACUCCCCAGCGGGAUGUCAAUAAAGAAGUGGAUGACGAAACGGGAUCUUUCGCACUUGUGGGACUCUCUCGAAGGCAUCUUUUUUCCUCGUGCUUUAGUGGCAUUGAGGAGGAGGAGGAGGAGGAGGUUGAUUUUAGCCCCACGAAUUCAGUUCCACGGAAGUUUUCUCCAAAAUCCACACAUCGACGAGGAGACGACAGCGAGCAGCGAAGAUCAAAAACGGGGUCCUCACGUCAUUCUAGGAGGGGAACUUCGCCUGAAUGGAGGAAUGCCUUGCGCUUGUUGUUUUACUCCAUGUUGUCACUCCGCCUGGAGGAGAGCGGCGGGGUUCGGCUUGAAGAGAUGGAUCUGCGCGGCCGGUCACAGGGGCUGCUGCGGCUGCAAGGCUCUGUGCUCUCCAUGCUGAAUCAAGAGGCGUUUGGCGCGUUAGAUGUGACACUUGACGGAAAUUCAUCUGCCAUUCACCGUCGUCAGCCAGCUGUGACAAGCAUCCUUCAAUGGUCCCACGCCCAGCGGGCUGAGAGACCGAUCGAGGUUGGGAAAACUGCGCUGCGUCAAAAAGUACUGAACACGCUUGCGCGCCCGCACCAAAUCUCCUCCAUGAGUAAGAAAGUUGUGUGUGCGACGGGGACAUCAUUAAACAGCGCAUGGGAAAAAAUGGAGCCAUCAGUCACCCUGGGAAUUGCAACGAGAGGCACCCAACUGGAAUUACCAAGCGAAACAGGCCGCAGCCGUAUCAUGGCAUCCAUUAUGGAACGAAUCAAAGUGGGCCAUACAGAAAUGGAGAGCAACGAUAAUGUACAAACGUGA